GCUGACGCACGCGUGCGCCCUUGCGUCUUUCUUCCAACUCGGGUUUGACCUACAGCCGCCCGGGAGAAGAUGGCAGCCCCAGCCGUGUCCGGCCUCUCCCGGCAGGUGCGAUGCUUCAGUACAUCAGUGGUCAGGCCAUUUGCCAAGCUCGUGAGGCCACCUGUUCAGAUAUAUGGUGUUGAAGGUCGCUAUGCCACUGCUCUGUAUUCUGCUGCAUCUAAACAGAAUAAACUGGAACAAGUAGAAAAGGAAUUGUUGAGAGUAGCACAAAUCUUGAAGGAACCCAAAAUGGCUGCUUCAAUUAUGAAUCCCUAUGUAAAGCGUUCUAUUAAAGUGAAAAGCCUAAAUGACAUGACCGCAAAAGAGAAGUUUUCUCCCCUCACGUCCAACCUGAUCAAUUUGCUUGCUGAAAAUGGUCGCCUGAACAACACCCCUGGGGUCAUUUCUGCCUUUUCUACCAUCAUGAGUGUGCAUCGUGGGGAAGUACCUUGCUCAGUGACCACUGCUUCUCCUUUAGAUGAUGCCACUCUUUCUGAAUUAAAAACGGUGCUGAACAGCUUCCUGAGUAAAAAUCAGAUACUGAAAUUGGAAGUUAAGACUGAUCCGUCAAUCAUGGGUGGAAUGAUUGUCCGCAUUGGAGAGAAAUAUGUUGAUAUGUCUGCAAAAACCAAGAUUCAGAAGCUGAGCAGGGUUAUGCGGGAGGUUUUCUGAAAGUUGGUUUUCCGUCAGGGAAAAUUCUUAAACUUGGAGCAACAAUAAAAUGCUUCCUAAACAGAA